AUUUUAAAUUGAGAGCUUAAUGAGUAUUUCUUUUUGGUCAGGUCUUACAUUCAGCCUUCCCCUGUAUUACAUUAUAUACAGCAGUGCACACAAUACUAGACACACACAGCUCCAGAGAUUCAAGGACCCAUGGGUACCGUAUUAGUAGCACAAGGUAUACAACCUCAAACCAUGGUCUAGUAGAAUCGACCACAGAAUUGAUGACAGUGUUAGGAAACACUUGUCACGUUUGCUUCCAUUGUUCUGUUAUCCAUGAAAUUUCGGCCACACAUUUUGAUUUGGAUGGAAUACAACUUUGCCUGAUCUAAGACUGUGGCUGAGGAAGAGAAAAUGAACCUAGAGGAACACUGGUGAAUCGGUAUUUGUGGACUCACAGCUGCCGUGACUGGCUCAGAAGGGAAAAGUGUGGACCAAAGAAAAAUCACGCCACUGAACAACUUCAGAUGGAGGCGGAUGCAGACCAGAAGCGUCACCGCACACGCUCUAAAGGUAUCCGAGUCCCCAUAGAACCUGUAAUCCAAGAACUAUUCAGUUGUCCAACCCCUGGCUGUGAUGGCACAGGCCAUGUUAGUGGGAAAUACGCAAGGCACCGAAGUGUUUAUGGAUGUCCAUUGGCAAAGAAGCGUAAAAUACAGGACAAGCAACCAAGUGAACCAACUCCCAAGAAAAAAACAUUUCUGGUGAGAACAGACAACUCUUCUGUUGAUGAGUGCUAUGAGACUGAUGGAACAGAGGAGUUGGAUGAGAAAGAUGAGGAAUAUUCUGAUGAGAAUGAUGAUCAGGAGGAAGAUGAAGAAGAGGAAGAAGAUGUGGAAGCAGAAGAAGAAGACGAGGAUGAAUUAGAAGAGGAAGAUGAAGAGGAUGAGGAGUAUGAAGAUCAGAGUAAUGAACAAGAAGAUCUUCAGGAAGAAUCUGAUAAUGUCAGGAGAAACCAGGACAAUGAGAAAGAUGAUAACAACAAUGAUGAAUAUGACAAUUAUGAUGAGCUUGUUGCAAAAUCAUUAUUAAACCUGGGCAAGAUAGCUGAAGAUGCAGCAUUUAGGGCUAUGACAGAGUCUGAAAUGAGUGACAGCACAGCACGUGGCCUGGAGGAUGAUAGCGACACUAAUGGGAGCAGGGUUAGAAAAACAAAUAAAAGUGACUCCUGCCAGUUGAGUUUAGAUGUUGACAGUGAUGUUGUUAGGGAAACAGUGGACUCUCUUAAACUACUGGCACAAGGACAUGGUGUGGUACUUUCAGACAAUGCAAAUGUUAGGGGUCGUAUAGAUGGUUUAAUACAGAAUGAACUUAGAAAUGUGAACUUAGGAUCAUGCAAGUCCACCAGUGAUGGCUUGGAAAAGACCGUUGAUGAAAGUGAUGAGGCUGUUUGCCUUAGCAGUCUUGAGUGCCUAAGGAACCAAUGUUUUGACUUGGCUAGGAAGCUAAGUGAGAGCCAGCAUGAAGAAAGAAACCAGCAACAUCAUUUUAGUGAUUGUCAACAGAACAGACCUGAUGAUGACGUCACACGAAGGAUGUCAGAUCGGAACUACUCAGAUAUGGUCAACCUGAUGAAGCUUGAGGAGCAACUGAGCCCCCGCUCUAGGGCUUUCUCUUCUGGUGUCAAGGAAGAAGAAUCACGUGACAGAGAUGAUGAUACAGGCUCAGUCAAAUCUGACAGGUCUGAGGAAGUGUUUGAUAUGACCAAGGGAAAUUUGACUCUGUUAGAAAAGGCCAUUGCACUGGAAACAGAGAGGGCUAAGGCAAUGAGAGAAAAAAUGGCAAUGGAAGCUGCAAAGAGAGAUGCUUCAGAGCAAAUUCCAAGGCAUCAUGUUGGAGAUGAGAAGAAGUCCAGAUCCUCUGAUGGCCAUGUUAAAAAGCCAUACUACCCUAAAGAUUCAUCACGGCCUGAAAAGAAAGAAAGCAAGUGCCCCACGCCAGGAUGUGAUGGAACUGGACACGUCACAGGCCUUUACCCUCAUCACCGCAGUUUAUCAGGCUGCCCACACAAAGACAGAGUUCCCCCAGAAAUUCUUGCCAUGCAUGAAAAUGUGCUUAAGUGUCCUACACCAGGCUGCACUGGGCGAGGCCAUGUAAAUAGCAACAGGAAUUCUCAUAGAAGUCUUUCCGGAUGUCCUAUUGCUGCUGCAGAGAAGCUGGCUAAGGCUCAAGAAAAGCAUCACAACAGCGAGGCAACAAAAUCUAACCAGGGUUCAGAUCGCGUGUUAAGGCCUAUGUGUUUUGUUAAGCAGCUCGAGAUCCCACAAUAUGGCUACAGACACAAUGUUUCCACCACCACACCUCGAUCUAACCUGGCAAAAGAGCUGGAGAAAUAUUCUAAGACUACAUUUGAAUAUAACAACUAUGACAACCAAGUUUUUGGAAAACGAGCUAUAGCUCCUAAAGUUCAGACCAGGGAUGCAUCCCCCAAAGGGUAUGACGCAAAGCGAUUUUGUAAGAACUCCAGUUCAGCCAGCAGCACGACGAGCAGCUAUGCACCCAGCAGCAGCAGCAGCAGCAGUGUCAGCUGUGGCGGAGGCAGCAGUGCCAGCAGCACCUCGAGCAAGAGCAGCUUCGAUUACACGCAUGAUAUGGAGGCAGCGCAUAUGGCAGCCACGGCUAUUCUGAACUUGUCCACCAGGUGUCGAGAGAUGCCUCAGAACCUCUCGACCAAGCCUCAGGAUCUAUGUGCCAGGAAUCCUGAGAUCGAGGUGGAUGAGAAUGGAACCCUAGAUCUGAGCAUGAACAAACAGAGACACAGGGACGGCAGCUGUGGCAGCAGCAGCAGCACUGGCCUGCUGACUCCAUUAGAGCCAAUGUCCCCACAGCGACAGAACAUGAUGGUCAACAAGUGCUAUGCAAUGAACGAGAGUGAUUGCUGGGACUUCCCGGUAGACUACACCAAAAUGAAACCUGGGACGAUGGAUGAGGAGGACCCCAAAGAGCCAGAAGAUAUGGAUCCAUUUCAGGAAAGCCUGGAAGAGCGAAGGUAUCCUGGAGAGGUCACAAUACCAAGUCCUAAACCUAAAUAUGGACAAUGCAAGGACAUCAACAAAAAAGAUCUCAUAACAUGUCCAACACCAGGGUGUGAUGGGAGUGGUCAUGUCACGGGUAAUUACGCCUCACAUAGAAGUCUAUCCGGCUGUCCUUUGGCAGACAAAAGUAUUCGAAGUAUGAUGGCCACCAGCUCCCAAGAAUUAAAAUGUCCAACUCCUGGAUGUGAUGGUUCUGGGCAUAUCACUGGAAACUAUGCUUCUCAUAGGAGUCUUUCAGGCUGUCCACGAGCAAAGAAAAGUGGAAUCAAAAUUGCUCAGAGCAAAGAUGACAAAGAGGAUCAAGAGCCAAUCAAAUGUCCAGUUCCUGGGUGUGAUGGCCAAGGACAUGUGACUGGGAAGUAUGCAUCUCAUCGCAGCGCAUCAGGGUGCCCCUUAGCAGCCAAGAGACAAAAGGACGGUUACCUCAAUGGCUCACAAUUCUCAUGGAAGUCUGGGAAAACAGAAGGCAUGUCCUGUCCAACACCAGGAUGUGACGGUUCAGGGCAUGUAAGUGGCAGCUUCCUUACCCAUCGCAGCCUGUCAGGAUGUCCAAGAGCUACUUCUGCCAUGAAGAAGGCAAGGUUGUCGGGAGAGGAAAUGUUGACAAUAAAGCAACGAGCCAGUAAUGGGAUAGAAAAUGAUGAAGAAAUCAAACAGCUGGAUGAAGAAAUUAAAGAAUUAAAUGAAUCUAAUUCCCAGGUCGAAGCAGAUAUGAUCAAGCUUAGAACCCAGGUCCCCCACACCAUGCAUCAAUCCCUGGCUGAGAGGGGGAUCACAACAAUGGAGAACAACCUGAAAACAAUAGAAGAAGAAAAUAAAGUAAUUGAACAACAGAAUGAGUCUCUUCUGCAUGAGUUGGCCAAUCUAAGUCAGUCUCUAAUCCAUAGUUUAGCCAACAUCCAAUUGCCCCACAUGGAUCCAAUAAAUGAACAGAAUUUUGAUGCCUAUGUGACGACUUUAACAGACAUGUAUACAAAUCAAGAUCGUUAUCAGAGCCCAGAAAAUAAGGCCCUGCUGGAAAAUAUAAAGCAAGCUGUGAAAGGAAUACAGGUCUAAGGACCAUUUUCUGGUUUUUAAGAAAGAUCUUGCUUGGAUGCCUCUCAUUUUUGCUGCUCUAAUUUACCAGACAGUGUUGAAUAACAAAACUUUAUUUCUGUUACAAAGGUGUUAUGCGUAGAGACUUCAUAAUGAUUUUAUGUCCUGCUUUGAAAAUAGUAAUUGCAUUUAAUAUAUAGUUUUUAAAAACAUUCACAUUUUGUACGUUUUCAUAUGAGAUGACAUAGUGUAAGAUGCCAUGUAAUGUUUAUAGCUGCCAACGUAUGCACUUUUUUUGAGUGUAUACUCUUGAAUGGUUGAUGGAAAAAAAUUGAAUAGGAAGUGAAUUCUUUCAAAUGCUUUACAAAAGAGGAUGAAUUUAAUAUUAAAAUUGAAUUUGAGAGAUAACAGAAAGCUUGGGAGCAUGUGAGCUAUGAUCUAUGUAUCGCUGUCACUUGGAUACCCUGAUUUUCUGUCUCAUAUGGGAGACUGUGUUUUACAUAAUUAAAAAUAAAAGAAUUUAUGUGCAUAUUGUUUAAUAGACAAGGAUUGGUAGCGAAAAUGCUCUAGUUUUGAACAAUGCUUUAAAAAUAUUAUGUGCUUUAGUUUUAAAUGGAUUACAAUUAGGUGGGGACAUUCAAAUGAAAUUAUUGUUUUGGGAUUUUAGUACAGUGAAUGAAAUAAUGAGUAGCUUUAAGAUUGUUUUAGUUUAGGUUUGCCAAAUAGCCCUAUGUCCUCACUAUCCUGCAUUAUUUCUAUUUAAAAUAAACCGAGCAGUGGGGGUUGUGGUUAAAAACUAAGUAGCCCAGUGAGGGCCCAGGGCUAAACUACAAGACAAGGUUUCUUGACAGAAGGAUUACUUACACCCUGCACUGAUUGGUGUUGUGACUUCAUCAGCCUUCUAGGCUAUAAGACGUUUAGGGCAAUGCACUUCAAUGAACAUAGGAUGGCCGCUGAAUGCCACAGCACACUUUCUGUGAAGUUAGUUUGUCUUGCAGUUUACAGUACAUGUAUAUCUGUACUAUGGGUCUCUGUAGAAGGAAGUAUGGGUUUUGUACCUUAUUAAUAAUUUCAUCUGACUGGAAAUUACAGGGUCACUGUCCCUAGAAACCUGCCAGUUCUACUUUGCACUUACCUUGUCCUAUAUCUAGAGUAUAAUAAGGUGUGCAAUUGCUGAUAUUAUCAGUCAUAUGACAGAAGUCGCAUGAGUCUGAACAAAUGAAACACAGAAGCCCAUGUGGCCAAUGUUGUGGCAAUAGCCAUAAUGGAAGCUAUUGGGCACAAUGAGGUCAUGACAGGAAAUGUGAUACAAUAUUCAAUGUGAAACACAAUCCCAGCAGCACUUUAUUCAUAGUCAUUGUGCAAAACUUACAAAGUUUUCCCAAUGGACAUAUUCUUAACUAGCUGGGAAAAGAUUCUGUAAUUACUCUGGGUCCAUGUGGCUUUGAGCCUGCAUGGUGCCUACUUUCUGUUGUGCUAUUAGUUGUAGCUGCCAUGUUCAGAAUUGCCUUUUUGAGAGCUAAAGCAAGGUGCUUGUCUUUCACCUUAUGCCAUAUAUAUAUAUUUAUAUAUAUAUGUAUGUAUAUACAUAUAUACUUGCCCUAGCCUCUUUUAGGGCUUUGUUCUUCAUUGACUGCAUAUGCCUUUUUUUCCACUUGCAUUGUGUCUGCAGCUUCUAUGCCAAUAUAGUAAUGCUUUUAAUAGAGUAAGAGCUAGUUUGACUUUUGGAUUAUUACUGUUCUCACCUAUGUAAAUGGAAAAGGGAUUUUAAGCACAAAUCUGCUGCCCAUCUGAUGUUGGUACAUAAUAUCGAAUCAAAAUGUACCUGUGACUCUGACAUAGUGAACACGGACGUGUCAAAUAUUAGACUGCUAACAUUUCAUAAGGAUUAUUGCAGAUUCGUCAGAGUUUAUUUAUAAUAACUUAUUGUUCAUAUUCAUUUCUAAGUUAAUUUAAGUAAUAUUCAUUUAUUAAGACAGGAUUUUGUAUAAACUAUUUAUUGUGCUCCCUGUGGAACUGAAGUUUGAUUUAUUUUUGUACAACACAGCAUGGAUUUGUUGACAUUUUAAUUUUGCUAUAAAUGUGUGAAAUCACAAGUUGCUGUGAUGAUUCAUUUUUAAAUUGUGAACUUUGUACAAUUUUGUCAUGCUGGAUGUUGACACAUCUUACUAUAAAUAAAAUCGUGUUGCCACAUUUGUAGCACAGUGGUUCUCUGAUCAGUGUUAACAUUUUAACUUUAUUGUAUGUACUGGCAGCUGUGGCAAAUAAAUAUUCAGCUAAUAUAA